AUGGGUGACUGGAGUUUUUUAGGAAACAUACUAGAAGAAGUAAAUGAACACUCCACCGUGAUAGGAAGAGUAUGGCUGACGGUGCUCUUCAUUUUCAGGAUAUUAAUCCUUGGCACUGCAGCUGAAUUUGUGUGGGGAGAUGAACAGUCAGAUUUUGUGUGCAACACCCAGACCCCAGGUUGUGAAAAUGUCUGCUAUGAUGAGGCUUUUCCCUUGUCUCACAUCAGACUGUGGGUCCUCCAGAUCAUAUUUGUCUCCACUCCAUCGCUGGUGUAUGUAGGCCAUGCUGUUCACUAUCUGAGGAUGGAAGAAAAAAGGAAGGAAAGAGAAGAAGCAGAGAUGAACAGACAGCAGGAGAUGAAUGAGGAGAGGCUACCCCUUGCUCCAGACCAAGGAAGUGUAAGAACAACCAAAGAAACAAGUACCAAAGGCAGCAAGAAGUUCAGGCUGGAAGGCACAAUUCUGAGGACUUACAUCUGUCACAUCAUCUUCAAAACUAUUUUUGAAGUGGGGUUUGUUGUGGGCCAAUAUUUCCUCUAUGGCUUCUACAUUCGCCCUCUCUACACAUGUAGCCGUUGGCCUUGUCCAAACACAGUGGACUGCUUUGUGUCCAGACCUACAGAGAAGACCAUUUUUGUUAUAUUUAUGCUGGCAGUGGCUUCUGUGUCUCUCUUCCUCAAUUUUGUGGAGAUUGGUCAUUUGGGUCUAAAGAAAAUAAGGUUUGCAUUUAGAAAACCAACUCAAACCCAAGCAGAGAUGGUAAUGGAGAAGCAUUUGCAUUCCAUAGCUGUUUCUUCACUCCAGAAAGCAAAAGGUUAUAAGCUCCUUGAGGAAGACAAGCCAGUGUCACACUUUUACCCUCUAAAAGAAGUUGGAAUGGAAGCCAGCAAUUUGCCAGCUCCGUUUGCUCCUUUUGAUGGGAAAGAUAACGCCGACAGUCCUCUGCAAGAUGUUUCAAAGGUCUACGAUGAAACAUUGCCGUCGUAUGGUCAGAGCACCGAGCAGGAAGAAGAAAUUUCAGAGGAACCUCCCGCUGAAACUACAGACACAUUAGAAGAUACAAGGCCUCUAAGCAGGUUAAGUAAAGCGAGCAGUAGAGCCAGAUCAGAUGAUUUAACUGUAUGA